GGGCGGUGGCCAAGGAUGGUUUUAGACACAAUAUUUCCUCCCUGCCGGAAGAGGGCGCUGCGUGCAGGCGCCGAGAAAGAGAGAGAAAGAGGAAGACUUGAGGGAAGCAAGUUCGCAAGGAGCGCCGACGCAUGCGCACAGGCAGCUGCACCCGUGGUGGGUACGGGCACCUCGCUGGCGCUCUCCUCCCUCCUGUCCCUGCUGCUCUUCGCUGGGAUGCAGAUGUACAGCCGCCAGCUGGCCUCCACCGAGUGGCUCACCAUCCAGGGGGGCCUGCUUGGCUCCGGCCUUUUCGUCUUCUCUCUCACUGCCUUCAAUAAUCUGGAGAAUCUUGUCUUUGGCAAAGGCUUCCAAGCAAAGAUUUUCCCAGAGAUUCUCCUCUGCCUCCUGUUGGCUCUGUUUGCAUCCGGCCUCAUCCACCGAGUGUGUGUCACCACCUGCUUCAUCUUCUCCAUGGUUGGUCUGUACUACAUCAACAAGAUCUCCUCCACUCUGUACCAGGCAACAGCUCCAGUCCUCACACCAGCCAAGGUCACGGGCAAGGGCAAAAAGAGAAACUGACCUGACUGUCCAAUAAAGUUGAUUUCUUUGUA